AUGGGCAAUCGUUCUCAUCAGAACUUAUCAUCAAAAAUGACCGAAGGUACAGUUGCUCAAGUUUCAUCAGUUCAAAGUGUUCAAAAUGCAAAUGUUUCACCUAAAAAACAACAAAAAAAAACAACAACAACAAAAGGCAAAUCAACACACGUUGCAACACAUCCAAAAUAUUCGGAAAUGAUUAAAGCAGCAUUAAAAGCUUUAAAUGAUCGUGGUGGAAGUUCACGUGCUGCUAUACUUAAAUUUGUUUUGGCUAAUUAUUCACUUGAUCCAACACAAGCUAAUCAACAUCUUAAAUUAGCACUUAAAAAUGGUGUUAAAGCUAAAUAUUUUAAACAAACAAAAGGUAAUGGUGCAAGUGGUUCAUUUAAAUUAGCAGCUAACGGUGAAGCUAAACCAACAAAAAAGAAAUCAACUAAACCAAAAAAAACAACAUCAUCAAAUACAUCGGCAACAAAAAAACGUGCUCGUUCAAAAUCAGCUGGAACGAAAUCAGCUAAAAAGGUCGCUACAACUGCUGAUACAAAUACUUCAACUGUUGCUACAACAAAUCCAACUGCUGCUAAACCAAAAACAGUUCGAGUUGCUAAACCAAAAACAAGUGCAACAGCUAGAUCAGCUAAUGCAGUUAAACCAAAACAAGCAGCACAAACAAAAACAAAAAAAUCAACUGGAACUAGAACAGCUGGUGUAAAAAAGGCUACAACAGCUAAAAAAACUGCUCCAUCAAAAGUUAAAAAGGCAACUACAACAAGAAAAUCAACAACAGCAACAAAAAAACCAGUUGCUGCUAAAAAGGUAUCAAAACCAAAAACAACCAAAAAAGCUCCAGCAAAAAAAGCAAACAAAUAA